GACAAAAUUUGUAGUAAGUGAGGAAAUGAAAAUAUGUCUGUAACUCAUCCAUUAUUGAAAAUUUUGAAAGCUAAUAUUUUGGAAUUGUAUACAGAAGAACGAGUUAUUCAUGAUUAUAAUCUAAAUUUAGCACCAUUUUGUAGAAGACUAGAAGACAUCUUUACUCUUGGACUGAAGAAUGGAAACAAUUGGUUUGGUAAACCUAGUUAUUGGGCAUGGAUAAACAAGUUACCACAACAAAGAAAUCCAUCAUUUGAUCAUACUGUACAUUUUGUUAAAGAUUGUUUAAAGACAUCAACUGUAGAUGGUAAGGGAAGAUUAUUUCUACGAGCAGCUUUAGUGAAAAAGAAUUUAGAUAUAGUGAUUGCAUUAGUCAAAGAGAAUCCAGUUUUGUUAGAGACAUGGUAUGAAAGAGAUUCAAUAAUUGGUAAUGAAAUAUUAUCAGAAAUUUUCAUAUCAUUAUUGGAACAAGUGAAGACAAUAACUUUCAGUUUGAAUUUAAAGAAUGCUAGUUAUUUAGAUGUAACUUGGGAUAUACCAGUGUAUAAAGAUUAUGAAUUUGUUCCCUGUGAAGCUCUUGGCAUACAUUUCAUAGAGGUUGAAGGUCAUAUGAUUGUACUGUCAGUUGAUAAAGGUAGUGUAGCAGCAGAAGAUGGUAAGGUACAGCCUGGAGAUGUUUUAGAUGAAAUGUUUGGUGAAAGUUUAAAGGAUGUUAAAAGGGGAAGGGUUCAAGAAUUAUUUCAACAUUAUAAAGGUAUUCCUGUUUAUGUCUCAAUUAUAAAGGCUAGAGAGUAUAGUGGUAAUAUUUACCGUCCAUUAAGAACGGCAUUACAUGAAUUGAGUAUAGAUCCUUUAAAACAUCAAGAUGAAGAGAAUUCAGAGGAGACUAAUGGUAUAGAUUGUGUUAAACCACCACAUACUAUUUUAGAGGAGGAAGAAACAGAGAUGACUCCUGUUCAUGGUCCUGAUGGCAGUGCCAGUUAUAAAGUAACUUAUAUAGGAGAAUAUUCAUUAGGUUCUGAUGGGAGAGUAGAAAGAAUAGAAGAUGGUGUCCUCAAAGUUUUACAAUCAAACAAUAGAAAAAAUCUAUCUGUGAUGAUUUAUCUAUCAGAAACUGGUAUCAAAGUCAGAUCAUUAUCAGGUGAUGAAGAAAUUUUAAACCAUUCUUACACUGAAGUAUCAGCAUGUGGUAGAAGAACAGAUUAUUUACAACAUUUUUCAUAUAUUGCUGGUGAAACAUCAUGUAAUUUGUCCAAGGAUUUUGUCUGUCAUGUAUUCCAUGCAUCUUCUCAAGAACUAACUAAAGUGAUAUUAUGUGCAAUAGCAAACAUUCAAUGCUGCUGCAGAUUGCAACUAUUUGCUAUCUUGCGACUAGAAAAUGUACCAGGUGGCCAGCAUACUUGA